AAGCUCAAAAUCACCGAAAAUUAAUUACAGCUGCGGUGAUUUCUUCAGAGGGUGUUAGACACGACAGUCCGUCAUAACCCAUCCGAGGCUAAGAAUGGACCGAAACUUUCAAAGAAAUAUAUUUUGGGGGAUUAUCUUCCUUAUCUCAGUUUCCACACUUACAGAAAGUCACUUAGCUAAUAGCCAAGGAGGCUCAACGAACUCUCAUAUACGAGGCAGCAGUCAUGGAAAAAUUCCGACUAAACACACGGAUCUCAAAACGGAGCAGAGCGCUCGACCUCGGCCUGUUAUGGUCAACUGUUACCCGGACUCCAUGGAGGUAUUGGUGCAGGCAGACAUGUUUGAUACAGGCCUUCAGGUAGAGGGUAGACACCUGCACCUUGGCUCAGAUUCAGUGAGUGAAGGGAGUUCGUGUGGAGCAGAGCCAUCGGGAGAAGCCGAAUUCAUCAUCCGGACUAAACUCAUGGACUGUGGUACUAAACUCUCAUCAACAAAGGAGAAGAUCAUUUAUUCUAACAUACUGGUCUACUCACCUGAACCGUCUCAUGAUGGUUUGCUUAGACUGGGUGAAGCAACUAUUCCAGUUGAAUGUCAUUAUGAAAAGAAGUAUGCAGUGGCUGGUGUUUCCCUGCAUCCCUCCUGGGUUCCUUUUGUCUCCAGGGCCUCAGCAGAGGAUCAGAUAGACUUUAAUCUGCUACUCAUGACUGAUGAUUGGCAGUUUAAAAGAGGAUCGUUUUCCUACUUCGUGGGUGACCCCAUUCAUUUCCAAGUUUCUGCUUUUAUCCGUAACCACAUUCCUCUGCGUGUUUAUGUGGACCACUGUGUCGCCACACCAACUCCUGAUACUGAGAUUAUACGAUACGACUUUGUUGAGCGUCACGGAUGUCUUGCUGAUGCUUACCUGACAAACUCCAAAUCCCAUUUUCUACCAAGACUUGAAGACAACAUGCUGAGAUUUCAGCUCGAUGCAUUCAUGUUCUACAAUGAGAAUAGCAAUCAGAUCUACAUAACCUGUUGGGUGGAGGCCGUUCCAGUCGGGUUACCUGUCAGUUCUUGGAAUAGGGCCUGCUCUUUCAUUGAGAACAGUUGGCGGUCUGUUGAUGGGAACGACGAGGUUUGUAGAAGCUGUGAUAUCGCCCAUCCAGUUGAGGAACCUCCAUCCACAGAGCCUCUUACAGCUACCACCAGCACCAAAGCCUGGCCCCCCAUGUCUCCACAGGACAGUUCAGUCCAGCAUAAACAGGAACACCACCUGGCCGCACACUUUCGUCCAGGAAUGCAACAGAGCAGACACAACAAACCUCAGCAGACCUCUGCUGGGCUAAUGAAAAGAGAAGCAGAGUACCAAGCAGAGCAAACUGUCAAGAUGGGUCCCAUAACUGUCCUGCAAACCAGUAAAACUGACACAAGGCCAACAGAUUCCAAAACAUCCAUUUCCCCACAGAACAGGAACUCCUGAGACUCCUGAUUGCACUGUAGAGACUGUUUAGAGAUGAAAGAACACAAUUCCUUUUUGCCAUGUUGAUGUAAACUGACAUCUUGGAUUUCUAUGCUACUCACUUAAAAUAUGACCUCAUUUGAAACUAAAUGUUUUCCUGUGAACUUACUGUGCGAACAUUUCCAUAAACUACUGUGAAGUUCUUAUAUUUUCUGUAUACAUGUCAACACAUUUUCCCCAAUAAAUAUACAUUUUCAUGUGCA